CUUAUUUCCGGGUCAUUGUCCAAUCCUGGUGUCUGAAACUCAACCGGGAAAUAAAGAAAGCUAAGCUUGUCAGGAGCUAACUUGCUAGCAGUAUUUUGCUUUUAAAUUCAACCAAUUGAGUCGUUAAUAAGGUCUGCAAAAUGGGUGAACCACAGCAGGUCAGCGCUCUACCUCCACCGCCCAUGCAGUACAUUAAGGAAUAUACAGAUGAAAACGUUCGCAAAGGUUCGGUUCCAAAGCCGCCUCCGCCCAUCAGAGACAGCUACAUGAUGUUUGGCAAUCAGUUUCAGUGCGAUGACCUUAUUAUCCGCCCUCUGGAGACCCAAGGUAUCGAGAGGCUGCAUCCUGUCCAGUUUGACCACAAACGGGAGCUCAAGAAGCUAAACAUGUCCAUUCUCGUAAACUUUCUGGACCUUUUGGACAUUCUUAUCAAAAGUCCGGGUAAUAUUAAGCGUGAGGAGAAGAUGGAGGACAUAAAGCUUUUGUUUGUUCACAUGCAUCAUCUGAUCAAUGAGUACAGGCCGCACCAAGCCAGGGAGACUCUAAGGGUGAUGAUGGAGGUGCAAAAGAGGCAGAGGUUGGAAACGGCGGAGAGGUUCCAAAAACACCUGGAGAGAGUGGUGGAGAUUAUCCAGGGGUGUACUUCUCUGCCUGACGACCUGCCGCAGAUGGAGAUCCAAGACGUUUCCGAGGGGGCAAAGAGCGUGUCCGGAGCAGCUGCCGUCACCUGUACGUCUGCACAGCCCCCUCGGCUGAAAAUGGAACCUAUGGAUGUUGAGGAAGCGGGGGCCAGCUGUAUGGUUGCAGGAAACCAGGAAAAGAAUCUCCCUUCUUCAAAAAGGGACAAAAUAUGGGAGAAAGAUGCCGCCAUGUGUAGUAUAAUUGAUGAAUUACCUUAACUGUGUGUUUUUCUUGCUUGUCUUUUGUACCUAAAAAUUGUUUGACUACUUGCAGUGUUGUCACAGGAACAGGAAGUCUUCUAAUAUUAAGUUAUCUAAGUGGUUAUCUAAGUUUUUUUUUCUUUCACUUGGAAAAUAAUUCAUUUAGUUGAAAUUCUGUAUUGAAACAUAGUAGUGUCAGUAUUUGUUCUAUCAACAAACAAAUGUUCAUUUGGGUAUGAUUAAAAAUUCCAAAUAAAAGUCUUACGUUAAAAGUUA